GGGUGCUUGGAAAGGACCAAGGAUAGGGGUUUCGUGCUGAGACAAUGGGCUCCGCAGGUGGAGGUUCUAAGUCAUGCCUCAGUGGGGGGACUCGUGACACACACUGCGGGUGGAGCUCGACGCUUGAAGCGGUGAGUGCUGGAGUGCCGAUGGUUGGGUGGCCUCUAUUUGCGGAGCAAAGGCUGAACAGAGUGGCAAUGGUGAAGGAAUUGAAGGUGGCGUUGGUAGGGAAGGAUUCGGAAGAGGGGUGGGUGAGUGGGGAGGAAUUGGGAAAGCAAGUGAGGGAGUUAAUGGAGUGGGAAGAAGGGAAAACGGUGAGAGAAAGGGUAACGGCCAUGAGAGAUGCUGUUGUGGAAGCCUGGAAAGAGGGCGGGUCCUCUUGCAUUGCUUUGGCAAAGUUGCUUCAGCCGUGGCUUUCGUCGACGGAAUAAGACUGGUUGUGUUGACUUCUUGUCCUAAACUUGUGCGUGCGAGUAAUUGGGUGGAUUUUCCAAAAUUCGUGGGAUG